CUUCGGUUGACAUUUUUGACAUUUAUGCCUCAUAGCUUUAAUUGGAAAAACAGAGAGAGAAUAAGAUUAGUGGGCAAGAUAACGAAAGGGAAAGAGGUUAAAGAAGGAAAAGGAAAGCAUAUAGGCUGGCAAGCAUUACAAAGAAUCCUUCCACAGGCGGAGGAGCUAAGGUGCCCUUUUAACACCGACGCUAGUAGCACGUACGCACACUGUGACACUCUUUCCGAUCUUCGAUCUCAUGUCCCAUGCAUUAAAUAUCUCUCACCUGUCUCCCAUACCCUAUUAAAUUUUAUCCCACCCACCCACCCCUGUGCCAUAGACCGGGUAGUCGGAUUAUACAAGUUAUUAAAUUGGGAGGUGGUUUGAUCUAUUGUCGUCCUGUAACUAAUAAGGGUAUCGAUAUUUCCUAUAAUUCUCCUCCAGCAAAGUACAUGGCUCUUCUUCGUUGUUUCGGAGGGACCAAACUUGUCCUCUUGUUAGUACUUGUUUCUACUCUUUGCUAUCAUCCUACUCCCACAUUUGCUGCUUAUAGUGAGGGUGUAUAUGUCGACGCAGAGUGCUUGAAAGUUCCCGGAUCUGCUUUCGUGGGAUCUGUCACGUCUACUAUUCAAACUGUCCGAGAAGUGAUCUCCAUCGUCUCCAAAUUCAGUGGUGCUUUUGGUGGCGAUUUCCGGCUUUCUAAUGCCAUUGCUGACUGCCUUGAUCUCCUCGAUUUCUCUGCAGAUGAACUCACCUGGACUCUCUCUACUACCCAGAACCCCGCCACUGGUAAAUAUUAUAACAGCACCGGUAACAAGGGUGCUGAUAUGAGGACGUGGCUUGGUGGGGCACUGGGUAAUCAAGACACCUGCAUGGAUGGCUUUGAGGGAACAAACAGCUUUGUAAAGACGGUGAUAGGCGGUAGUCUUCAACAAGUCACGUCGUUAGUCCGUGAUAUCAUCGGCAUGAUACGUGAGGUUCCAUUAACCAACGCCGAUCAUGUGGUUCCAUCUGGGAGGAGGAAGCUGCGGGGUGUUGAUGGCCCUGUUUUUCCUGGUUGGCUUAAAGCAAAAGACCGGAAACUCCUCCAAGCCAAUGGCAGCAACAUAGAAGCUGAUGUUGUUGUGGCGGCAGAUGGUAGCGGCAACUUCACGAAGGUGAUGGAUGCCAUCGAUGCAGUCCCUGAUCAUAAUAACCGGCGCUAUGUGAUUUACGUGAAGAAGGGAGUAUACCAUGAAUAUGUAGAGAUCGGUAAGAAGAAAACGAACAUCAUGAUGAUUGGUGAUGGAAAGGAUCUCACCGUUAUUACCGGUAACCACAGUUUCAUUGAUGGUUGGACCACUUAUCGUUCUGCUACAUUCGCUGUAAAGGGGCAAGGAUUUAUAGCUCGUGAUAUGAGAUUUGAGAACACCGCAGGGCCUGAGAAGCACCAAGCGGUUGCAUUUCGAUCAGAUUCCGACCUUUCGGUUGUUUUCCGGUGUGCUAUCACCGGCUACCAGGACACUCUGUACGCCCACUCCAUGCGCCAAUUCUACAGAGAAUGUUUAAUCACAGGCACCGUUGACUUCAUCUUCGGAGAUGGUGCUGUGGUGUUCCAGAAUUGUCAGAUUCUAGCAAGGAAGGGACUUUCUAACCAAAAGAACACCAUUACAGCUCAGGGACGUAAGGAACCAACUCAGCCUUCAGGGUUUGCUAUACAAUUCUCCAACAUAUCUGUAGAGCCUGAGUUGCUUAACUCCAGUAUUUCCACAUACCUUGGACGCCCAUGGAAGCUGUAUUCGCGAACAAUCUUCAUGCAAUCGUACAUAAGUAGCCUCAUUAAACCUGAAGGGUGGCUUGAAUGGAACGGUGACUUUGCCUUGGAUACUCUUUACUAUGCAGAGUACAUGAACUAUGGUCCAGGCGCUGGUUUAGGAAGUCGAGUCAAAUGGCCUGGACUCCAUGCCAUUAAUGAGUCGAGUCAGGCAAACAACUUCACUGUGGCACAAUUCCUUUUAGGAAAUGCAUGGUUGCCAUCCACGGGAGUCAAGUAUACAGCAGGAUUGGUGGUUUGAUCAUAAUUGAUAGUUAAAACUUUAAAUAUUCUUUAUUAAUUUUACGUUUUGUUUUCUUUAGUCCGGUGUAUUGGUCUUCGUAUUUCUUAUCGAUGAUUAUAUAUAUGUAUGAUACUUUGAGCAAAGCUCGUUUCUUCCAA